AAAACCCUCCUCCACAGCUUGUUCUGAUCAAUAUUCUCUCUGAAUCCCUGGAAAACAAAAGCAGCCAUGAGUCUCUCAGCGAAAGACAAGAGUCUGGUGAAAGGCCUGUGGGCCAAAGCUGAGGGGAGGGUCGUGGAUAUCGGUGGCGAGGCUCUGGGCAGGAUGCUGGUUUCCUACCCUCAAACCAAGACCUACUUCGCAGAGUGGGGGACUGAUCUGAAUGCUCAAACCCCGAAGGUGAGGCAUCACGGAGGAGUCAUCAUGGGAGCCGUGGGCAUGGGCGUGAAAUACAUCGAUAAUCUCACCGAUGCCAUGAGCUCCCUCAGUGAGCUGCACGCCUUCACGCUCCGUGUGGAUCCCUCCAACUUCAAGAUCCUGGCCCACAACAUCAUCCUGGUUAUGGCCAUGUACUACCCCAAAGACUUCACCGCAGAGGUCCAUGUCUCCUUUGACAAGUUCCUGAGCUGCCUGGCCUGGGCUCUGUCCGAGAAGUACCGCUAAAACUGGAGCAAGGCAGGAGCGCCCACUGAACUCACAUGUGGCGCAUCGUCGUCCCAGUGUGCCCAGCAACACUGUCGACAUGUAGUGGGCUUGUUCAAUAAAAAGACAAACAUUAAAAGAAAA